CUGGCUUUAUCAGAGCAUGGGCAGAAGUGACCUAACACUGCAAACAAAAUGCUGCUUCUAGUUUCAGCUUUUUUUCUAACACUACUGCAGUGCUCUAAUGCCCAAAACAAAGCAAGUGUUACACCUGCAGACUGUAAUACCAUUGAAACAGAUGCAGGAGUGGCCCUGGAUUUGGUCAACAGACAUCGCAGAAGUGGCUAUGUUUUCGGUUUAUUCCGUGUUGCUGAUGCACAUGAACUACAUAUAGGAAAUUCAUCAGUCCUCUACUUAACUUUGGAUGUGCUGGAAACUGAAUGCUCUGUGUUAUCCAGAAGACACUGGGAGUCUUGUGAAUACAGUGACAUCUAUUCCAUGGACUUUGGGCAAUGUAAGAUUAUCACAUACACAAGCCAGCUGCUGAAGAAACCUCAACUAUAUGGAUUUAAUUGUACAUUAAGUCCAGUUCCUCCUGAUUUAUUAGAGUGCAAAGAUUGUCCUGUGAAAGUUGAAGUCUUAGAAGUCACCGAGCAACAUAAAAAUAUUGCUGCAAAGGCCCUGGAGAAAUUCAACAGUGGGGGUAACCACACAAACUAUUUUGACGUGGAGAAAGUUGAAAAGAUUUUAAAGAUGACUGCCUCCCGUGAAGGUUACAUUUUAGGAUUCUCUAUAAAAGAGACCAACUGCUCCAAAUCUGUACAACAAGAAGAUCAAGCAUUGGAAUGUGAUUUUCUGGAUGACUGGCACGCUCACGUGGGAUUCUGCAGAGCAAGAAUUAUCAGUGAUUCAGAUGAACCUGAUGGAACAGAUAUAAACUGUGAAAUCUACCAUCCCCAGCAGCAUGACUUUGGGCAAAGAUGCAGAUACUCAGCUCUGGGACGACCACACAGACAUCCCCAUCCCCAUCAUCAUUUUGGUCACAGACAUCAUCACAGACAUCAUCACAGACAUGGAUGUCCACCCUCUUCUCAAUCCAGACCUGAAGACCCUGAGCAUAACCAUAGUUUCAAUGAAGAACAUCAAGACAGCCAUGAAGGACCUGCUCCUCCUUCUCUCCCCCAUGGCAGAUCACAUCACCACCUUCACCCUCCACACCAUUGUCCUCCACCUCCUCCCCACGGUGGACCACAUCACCACCCUCACCCUCCACACCAUUGUCCUCCACCUCCUCCCCACGGUGGACCACAUCACCACCCUCACCCUCCACACCAUUGUCCUCCACCUCCUCCCCACGGUGGACCACAUCACCACCCUCCUCCUCCUCCUCCUGAUGGAUCACAUCCUCCUCCCCAAGAGGAAUUACAUCAUUUCCCUUCUCCUCCUCCUCCCCAUGAAGAACCACAUUAUCCUCCUCUUCAUCCCCAUCAUGGACCACACUGUCCUUCCCCUCCUCAUGGACCACAUCACCACCAUUCUGCUCCCCCUUGUAGACCACAUUGUCCUCCACCUCCUCCCCAUGGUGGACCUCAUCACCACCAUCCUCCUCCCCAUCAUGGACCACAUCACCCUCCUCUUCCAGGACACCCUCCUCAUCUCUGUCAUCACUACUACAGACAUCACUGCAACAAGACAAGCAUAUCGGGAAAGUAUUUUCCAUUCCAAGUAAUAGGAGCUGUCUAUCGCAUUCCAGUUCUAACUCAGCAGGACUCUCUCACACCUCCCACUGCAAAAUUUUCUCAGCUAUCCCAAAGCAACCCUCACUCCUCCAGCACUGGCGAAGGUAUUCCCUUCACUGGUUCAAGUCUAAAGGAGAUGAUAGAAGCUCCAAGUUUUCCAAAUCACCCUACACAAUCAAAAUCAUGCCCAGGAAAUCCCAAACUUGUUCUUCCAAAAAUUUUGCCUUUAUUUCCACAUAGUUCCAUGGCAGAAAACUCUUCUACUUGA